AUGGUGAAUUCAAACCAAACGUGCGAUUCUGGUAUGGUCUGUGAUGAAGAACCAACUCGAAUCUUUUUUGAGACGCCAGAAGACAUGCUCAAUCCUUUGUCUAUCAACCCAUCUUUCCUGCCAAUUGUCAUCACCCAUGCCAUUAUCUUUUUGGUUGGCAUUAUUGGAAACUCUGUUGUCAUUGUCACUUGGGCAGGCUCCAAGCCUACACGAUCUCCGACAUGCACAUUUCUGGUAAGCUUGGCGGUGGCAGAUCUUCUACUAUUGGUUAUAUAUGUGCCCUUGGAAACCCUAGGAUACUUCGUCAUAACCUGGGAUGCAGGAGGAACAGUGUGCAAGUUGAGCUCCUACGUUGAAAUGCUCUCUGGAAUGGCAUCAGUGCUAAAUCUUACUGCUGUCAGCAUUGAAAGAUUCUUGGUGAUUGCUCAUCCCAUUAUGGCUAGACGGUACUGUACAGUAAGUACUUGCAGAAGAGGUCUAUGCAUUGUUUGGGGACUGGCUCUGUUAUUAGCACUUCCAGUUUGUUUCACCAAACAAAUUUACCCAAUAACGUACUACAACAACCAGACCAGUAUCACUGCAUACUAUUGCUGGGAUUCCAAUGAUAAUGUAGCUUUUGUAGUUGCCAUCUACCAACUGGUGGCCAUGUUCAUCGUCCCAGCAUUCUUCAUGACUCUCUGCUACAUCUGCGUGAUCCGAGAACUCUGGAGCAGCACCAGGACAGUUGCAGCUAUGACACGGCCCACAGAGAGUGACUCCGAUAGAGAUGAAUUGAGAAAUUCUCGUCACUGCUUAAUCCGAUUUUCUUGCACCCGACAACAGAGGGCACCACCAGAGCAUGUCUUGAGCAUACAUCGCCAAGGAAUAGAGAUUCAAAAUGCUCGGAAGCAGGUUAUCAAGAUGCUCAUACUGGUAAUUAUCCUUUUCCUUCUAUGCUGGGGCCCUCGUCUAAUCAUGCACGCUAUGAUCAAGCAUGGCCUCAGCAACUUCACCGUUCACGUUUACAACAUGCGUGUGGCAGCCUACUUGCUGUCCUUUACACAUUCGGCGAUAAAUCCCAUCAUCUACGGAUUCAUGUCUACCAACUUCAGAAAAAUGAUGCUACAAUGCUGCAAAGAUAGCGUGUGCUGCAAAGAAUCCUGCGCCACCUGCGGCAAGACGAAUCACACCAUCAUAGAAGAGCAGCCUCAGCGCCGUACGAUGUCCGAUUCGUAUGAAUUCAGCACCCUUACCACAAGCACCAGAAGGUCUCGACAAGUCAAUUCCAUUAAUGUGGAAGAUGCCAGAUUAAGAAGAAAUGAGGAGCAGUGGACAGCCGUCUAA